GUUUUAUGUUUUUUUUCACUUUGAUUCCUAGAUUAGAUCUAGGUGCUGUUAUUGUUGAUUAUUGCUUGCACACACUUUGUUAGUGGUUACUACUUUCCUUUGCUCCACACAUCAUAGUUCGUAUUGGUGUGACUUUGAGACCGGAAUUCACAACACUUUCAUAUUGUAAUAAUCUCAAGAGUUUUCCAGAAAUAUUUGGAGAUAUGAAAGAUAUAACAUACAUUGAAUUGGUUGGCACCUCCAUAGAACAAUUUCCAUGUUCAUUUCUAAAUCUCGUGAGGGUCCAUACUCUACGAAUAGUUUGAAGUGGAAUGCCUCAUAAAUUGUCCUGGAUUAAUGCUCAUGAGAAUGAUAAACCAAGCUCCAUGGUGUCUUCAAAUGUUCAAUUUCUUCAUCUCAUGCAAUGCAAUCCGUCAACGAUUUUCUUCGAAGGUUUGUCAAUGUGAAAGUUUUAGACCUAUCGGGAAGUAAUCUCACCAUUCUUUCAGAAUGGGUCAAAGAGUGUCACUUUUUACAAAGACUUUGUUUGAAUGAUUGCAAGUAUCUCCAAGAAAUUACAGGGAUUCCGCCAAGUUUAAAAUGCUUGUCUGCAUUACACUGCAACUCAUUGACUUCCUCAUGUAGAAGCAUGCUACUUACUCAGGAUGUGCAUGAAGAUGGAGGCACCGAGUUUAGUUUGGCAGGAAGUGCUAGGAUUCCAGAGUGGUUUGAUCAACAAAGCAAGGGACCAUCAAUUUCUUUCUGGUUUCGUGACAGGUUCCCUUCCAUAGCUCUCUUCGUUGCUAGUAAAUCAAUGGAUAACAAGCAUCUCAACAGUGAUUUUCCUUCAUUAACAGCCUAUCUGAGAACCAAUAUCUAUAAAUAUGAUAUUGAGUUUGACAUCGACAGUAUCAAUCUCAAUCUCGUGAUACAACCAGAUCAUACAUAUCUAUAUGAUCUACGACUGCAAGAGAUGAAACUCGAAUCUGUACUAGGCGAAGCACUUUUAAUAGCUGAAUGGAUCCAUGCAGAGAUUACGUUUAAGUGUGAGGGUUGCAUAGAGGAAGCAUUGGUUAUAGAAAGUGGAAUUCACGUAUUCAAGCUGAAAAGUAGUAUGGAGGAUAUUCGAUUCACCAAUCCGUAUGAAUGA